AUGUAUUAUAAUGACAAACUGAAGUGGAACACAAUAAGAAGCAAUAAUUCAGAAGAUAAGGUGGCUACUGAAGUGAGUAUAAAAGCAUCAAGUAUACUACAAAGAACAAGUUCAAAAAGCCUUAAGAAAAGAAAAGUUGAACAAAACCCAAAUAUUGUAGCUAUAGAAAUGAAAAAGAAAAGAAAUCUGAAACAAACUUACUCUUAG